AUGGCGACCCACAGGGAGUCUACUAUGGGGGAUUUUCAAGAUGCUUCCAUGCCAAUCGCUAUUGUUGGCAUUGGAGGCAGGUUCCCGGGCGAAGCCACGAACCCAGAUCGACUGUGGGACAUGGUGUCUAGUGGUCGGAGUGCUUUGACUGAAGUCCCCAAGGAUAGAUUCAACAUUGAUGCGUUCUAUCAUCCUCAUGCGGAGCGUCAAGGCACCAUGAAUGUCAGAGGAGGGCACUUCCUCAAGGACGAUGUCGCUCUAUUCGAUGCUCCAUUUUUCUCUAUCACAGCCAAAGAGGCACACGCGAUGGAUCCCCAGCAAAGGCUUGCCCUUGAGGUAGCAUAUGAGGCUCUUGAGAAUGGGGGUAUGCGAAUGGAAGAUGUUCUGGGGUCUUCCAUCGCUUGUUACAUGGCUUCCUUUACACGAGACUACGCCACACUACGCGGUCAUGAUGCGGAAGAUAUUCCGAUGUAUGAAGGCACUGGUAACGGUUCGGCCAUGAUUUCCAACAGAAUAUCGUGGUUCUUUGACCUUAAAGGCCCCAGUCUGAGUUUAGACACUGCGUGCUCCUCAUCUCUGGUGGCACUACAUCUUGCUUGUCAGAGUAUUCGAACAGGGGAGAGUAAAUGUGCCAUGGUGGGAGGUACUAAUCUGAUUCUUAUGCCUGAAAUGCAAACGGCAAUGACAUCUCUUCACUUUCUAAGCCCAGACAGCAAGUCUCAAUCUUUUGAUCACAAGGCUAAUGGAUAUUCAAGAGGCGAGGGGGCCGCCGUGGUUGUGAUCAAGCCACUUGCAGAUGCAAUUAAGGAUGGAAACACUAUCCGGGCUGUCAUUAGAGCGACGGGUGUGAACCAAGAUGGUAAAACACCAGGUAUUACACUACCCUCAGCUCAGGCACAAGAAGACCUCAUUCGAUCCACCUAUGCGGCAGCUGGCUUGCCCUUUGAUCAAACAGGAUACUUUGAGGCACAUGGAACAGGUACACCAUCUGGGGAUCCGCUUGAGUGUGCAGCGAUCGGGGCCACUAUUGGCGCCAGCCGUCCGAAGGACAGCCCCCUCCUUGUUGGGUCUAUCAAAACCAAUAUCGGACACAUGGAGGGGGCCAGUGGUCUGGCUGGAUUGAUCAAGGCUGUAUUUGCCUUGGAACGAGGCCUUAUUCCACCAAACCUCUGGUUUGAAAAGGCCAAUCCUCGUAUCCCGCUGGCUAAAUGGGGCUUGGAUGUUCCGACAAGGCUGCAGCUGUGGCCAACAGAAGGCCUACGCCGUGCGAGUGUCAAUUCCUUCGGAUACGGUGGCACCAAUGCGCACUGCGUGCUGGAUGACGCCUACCAUUAUAUGAAGCAACGCUCACUGGAAGGAUCACACAACACAAGCGAGUUCCCCAGUAUAAUGGAGAGCGAAGGCAGCACGACCUCUGAUGAUCUCAGCGCUAGCGCCGGUACUACCUCUCCAGGCAACAGAAAGGAGCCUUCAACCCCAGAAUCAGAGCUUGAGGAUUUGAAAUUAGCCGAUCCAACUUUACUCCUGCGUCCUAAGCUCAUUAUGUGGACAUCUCAUGAGCAGGCUGGCAUUGAUCGAACUGCGACACAGCUGAUGCAAUAUUUGGCCAGCCAGGAUGAGACGGAUCCCAGUCUGUUCGCUAAUCUAUGCCAUACUCUUUCGACAGGACGCAGCCAGUUUCCCUGGAAGACUUACACAGUAGCCUCAACGAUCGAAGAACUUUCAUCGUCACUAACGGGCGGCUCCCAUCCGAAACCAGUGAGGUCAUCUCAAUCUCCGACGCUUUGCUUCGUCUUCACCGGCCAAGGUGCCCAAUGGUAUGCAAUGGGGCGCGAGUUACUAUCGUAUGAAACUUUUAGAAGCAGUUUAGAUGAUGCGAGCGGGUUCAUGAAAGAACUUGGAAGCGAGUGGGACCUCCUUGCCGAACUCAGCGCAUCAAAGGAAGAGUCUAGAAUCAAUGAAUCUGCAGUCAGUCAACCGGCGUGCACUGCCCUGCAGAUCGCGCUUGUUGAUCUUCUGGGAGAGUGGAGCAUUACUCCAUCGGUUGUUGUUGGCCAUUCUAGCGGAGAGAUUGCAGCCGCAUAUGCUAAAGGCGCCAUCUCACGUCGUCAGGCGUGGACAAUUGCUUACCAUAGAGGUCGUCUCUCAAGCACUCUACAGAAAGAGGGUGCCAUGCUUGCCGUUGGGUUGGGAGAGAGAGAAGCCCUGCCCUUCAUUUUGCAGGUUCCCCAGAGCAGCGGUGAAGUUGUAGUUGCCUGUGUCAACAGUCCCUCCAGCGUAACCUUGUCUGGGGAUGUGACCGCGAUCUCUGACAUCCAAGCGCUUUUGGAUAGUGAGAAGAUCUUUAACAGAAGACUGGCCGUCAAGACGGCCUAUCACUCUCCGCAUAUGAAGGCACUGGAAAGCGAUUACUUGCAAGCGCUGGCAGAUAUCUCCCCAGGAGAUUCAUCCAGCCGACGGCCCACUACGAUGUUCUCUUCAGUCACGGGUAACAUUGUUGACGACACCGCUCUUGCCAGUGCUGAAUACUGGACAUCAAAUAUGGUCAACUGCGUAAAGUUCAGCCAAGCUAUGCAAAAUGUGAUUGAAUUCAAUCUCAGCAAGCGCCGCACGGCCGGAAAAGCUCAAUAUGUUAACAUACUCAUCGAGAUUGGACCUCAUGCGGCACUUCAGGGCCCAUUGAAACAGAUAUUGGACGCAAACCGGGACAAGCUAAAGCGAGAUGUCGUUUAUACAUCUAUAUUGCAACGAAAUACGGAUGCUCUGCGGAGUUGUGUCGAUGCGGUAGGAAAGCUAGCUCAGCGCAACUAUCAUGUUGACAUUGCCAAAUUGAAUGAAGAGACCUCAGCUUCCGGUGAGAAGCCGCGUCUUCUUACUGAUCUGCCACCAUUUUCGUGGAAUCACUCUACACGAUACUGGUACGAGUCGGCGCUGUCUGCGGCAUUCCGACACCGCAGGCUGCCUCGCUUUGAUCUGGUUGGAGUACGCACCGAACACUCAAGUGAUGUUGAGCCUUGUUGGAUGAACUAUUUACGAGUCUCAGAAGCUCCCUGGAUUGAGCACCACAAAGUUCAAGGCACCAUCCUAUAUCCUCUGUCUGGAAUGAUGGUCAUGGCAAUCGAGGCGGCCCGUCAAGUAGCUGAUGAGACCAAGGAAAUCGAUGGAUUCCAGAUCCGGGAUGUUUCUGUUGGGAAAGCAAUGGUGCUUGCGCCUGAUGCCCCGACCGAGACGAGAAUUCAGUUUAGACCACGAAGGAUGGGAACUCGAUUGCCAGAUGCCUCCUGGAACGAGUUUACCAUUUCGUGCAGAAGUCGCCAAGGGGUUUGGACGCAGCAUUGCACAGGCCUCAUUGCCAUCAAAUACGUGAUGGAGCAUAAUCAGACCUUCUACGAUGAAGAUACCUCUCUGUCGGUGAGGCAUCGUGAGGAAUACAAGAGGCUAUGCAAUGCAGGUUUCAAACCUGACGACCCGCGUCAGGUUUACGCUUCGUUAGCUGAGCUUGGACUUCAAUGGGGACCUACCUUCACAGGGCUGGUCCACAUAAGCUCGGGCGACUAUGAGGCCCACUGUGAACUCGAGGUUCCCGAUACCAGAAAGUUCAUGCCGGAGGGCUUUGAAUAUCAGCAUGUAAUUCACCCUGCGACGUUGGAUAACUUCAUCCAGAUGGUGAUUCCGGCUUGUACACCCGCUGGUGUUCAGCUAGAGAAGGCCAAGAUCCCGAGAUUUAUCGAAGGACUCUACAUUUCCAACAAGAUCAGCUCAAAGCCCGGCACCAGAUACUAUGGGUACUCGAAAUCCAAGCAUUAUGGCUUCAACGAGUCUGUUGGAACCAUUGUUGCUUCAGACGAAACCUGGGAGAAGCCACUGGUGAUCAUUGAGGGCUGCAGGAUUAUUUCCCUAGAGAACAUGGCCCAAGAUCUUUCUUCCGAUUCCAGCUCUGCGAAUUUGUCCCUGCGAAAGCUGGGUUCUAAUCCUGAAUGGAACAUCGACAUUGAGCAUCUUCCUAUUGACGAGGCUCAAAGACUUUUAGCCCCAUACGGAACAAUCAUCCCCGACGUUGAUACAAACAUGAUUCGCGAUCUAGAACUUGCUUCAUUUAUCCUUUGCAAACGAACAAUCCGCGAAUUUUCCGGAUCGAGUACAGAGACUUUCUCUCCUCAUCACCGUUUCUUCUACGAAUACAUGGAGCACCGGUUUAAACUCGGCGAACAGGGCAUGCUGGACUGUCAAAGACCGGAAACAGACGGCAUUGACUGGCUGAAGACGACCGAAGAGUUUGAUGACGCCGUUCUGGAGCGAGUCUCCGGAGCAUCCAUCGAUGGCCGACUUCUCUGUCACCAGGGGGCUCAUUUCAGCGAGAUCUUGCGCGGAGAGCUGGAACCUCUCCAAGUGCUAAUGCAGGACAACCUGCUAACGCAAUACUAUCGCAAUGCGCUAGGGACAAACAAAUGGAACCCCAUUAUCGCCAAAUAUGUGCAGCUCAAAUCGCAUAAAAAACCAUUGAGGAUCUUCGAGGUGGGUGCAGGCACAGGAGGUACCACUAGCGUGGUGCUGUCAGCACUCGGCCAGCGAGAAGAGGCUGCUUCAAGGUUAGAACGAUACACAUUUACUGACAUCAGUGGUGGCUUCUUUGGAGCGGCGGCUGCUGACUUCGACGAAUGGGCACCGUUCCUGGAGUAUAAGAUCGUGGAUAUCGAGAAGGAUCCUGCACAGCAGGGCGUGUCAACCGGCACCUAUGACCUAGUCAUUGCUAACAACGUCUUGCACGCAACAAAGUCUAUCAGUGCCACAUUGGCUCAUUGCAGGGAAAUGUUGCGACCUGGCGGUGUCUUACUGCUCGGCGAGCUUACCACAACGCUGGCCAGAGUGCCCAUGAUUUUUGGUACCCUCUCCGGAUGGUGGAACGGUGAAAACGACGGUCGCAAAUGGGGUCCCAGACUUACUGAAGCGCAGUGGGAUGCGCAGCUGCGUGAGCAGGACUUCAGUGGUCUGGAUUUAUGCUUCCGCGAUCACAGCACCGAUGAUUACUCGAUCUCGCUUAUGAUGUCCACGGCAAAUCCCCCACCAGUUUCAAGAAUUCACGAUGACGUUGUAAUAGUCGUUCCGCCGAACAGCAACGCUUCCGUGAACAAUGUUGCUUCGAAGCUGGCCAAUGCGCUGGCAUCACAGCUGUCGAGCGUCAGCAUCCUAACACUCUCUGAGGCUGCCGCCGUCGACCUUGCCAAUACAACUACGAUUGGACUCCUCGAGGCAGAUACCCCGUUCCUACAGACAGUAGACGCAACGGGCUUCGAACAAAUGAAACACGUGUUGCUCGGAUCCAAGAAGACUCUCUGGAUCACACGAGGAGGCGCAAUCGACAGUCCUGAGCCUGCUGCAAAUCUCAUUGCUGGUCUUGGUCGAACAAUCCGAGCCGAAGUUCCAAGUUUCCUCCUCACGACACUUGACCUGGACCCUCUUGCCCCAAUCGAGGAUGAUGAGACUGUGGCUUUCAUCGAGCAUGUGCUUCACUCCACAUCACUAGAGGAAUCCGCGGGGUGCCCAGAUUGGGAAUAUGCAGUUCGCGAAGGGCGCAUCCACUCCCUUCGACUGACUCCAAACAAGACGUUGAAUGCCAUGUUUGAGGCCAGCAAAACUGACCAUCCCCCAGAGAUACUCCCAUUCCACCAGGCUGACCGAGCCCUUGCUCUAGCCAUCAAGACCCCAGGAAUGCUAGACACGUUCCAGUUUGUCGAUGACGAGGAAUACGCGAAACCUCUUGGCAGCGGGGAGGUUGAGGUGGAAGUCAAGGCUGUGGGUAUGAACUUCCACGAUGUUAUGAUCUCGAUGGGUCAGAUUGCAGACACCGAUCUUGGUGUCGAGUGCAGCGGCGUAGUCACUCGAGUCGGUGACGCUGUAACCAAGUAUCAACCCGGUGACCGCGUCAUUACCUUCCGACUGGGCUGCUUCAGGACCUUCCUGCGCAAUCCCGAAGAGAUGUUUGAGCUCGUGCCGGAUACACUUUCUUUCGAAGAGGCUGCAUCCAUCCCCUGUGUCUAUUCCACCGUGUACUAUUCGCUGUUCUACGUCGCUCGAUUGAGCAGAAACGAGACAGUCCUGAUACACGCCGCGGCGGGUGGUCUCGGGCAGGCUGCAAUCAUUCUGGCGCAGCAUAUUGGCGCAGAGAUAUUUGUCACUGUGUCUUCUGAUACUAAGAAGAAAUUCCUCAUGGAUACCUACGGCAUCCUGGAAGAUCACAUUUUCAACAGCAGAGACUAUAGCUUUGCUGCGGGCAUCAAGCGCAUGACAAACCAGAAGGGGGUCGACGUUGUUCUGAAUUCUUUGGCAGGGGAGGCGCUACGUCAGACAUGGCUUUGCGUCGCGCCCUUCGGUCGCUUUAUUGAGCUGGGAAAGAGAGAUAUCGUUGGAAACACCGGUAUAGACAUGAGUCAAUUCAUGCACAACAUCACAUUUGCCGGUGUGAACAUGCUAUCAGUCUACCGUGACAACGUCCCCCUCUUCAGCCGCAUCAUGAGCGAUGUGAUGAAGGCUUUGGAUCAGGGAAUCAUCCGUCCGGUGCAACCACUGCAAAUCAUGGACUACAGUCGUAUUGAGGAAGCGUUCCGAAUCAUGCAAUCUGGAAAACAUAUUGGAAAGAUGGUUCUCACUGCUGGCCCUGAUAAUCUCGUGCCGAUUGUGCCAUCGAAGAUAAAAGCCUACUCAUUCUCGCAGACUGCCACAUACUUAAUCCCUGGUGGUUUGGGAGGCCUUGGUCGAUCCAUCGCUUCCUGGAUGGCGGAUCAAGGCGCCAAACAUAUUGUCUUCACAAGUCGAUCAGGAGCGACAAAGCCAGAAGCUAAGAAGCUUGUUGAGGAGCUUCACGCGCGCGGUGUCAACACACUUGCAUAUGCUUGUGACAUUAGCGAUGCGAAUCAGCUGCGAGAUAUCAUUGCGGAUGUCAAAACCAAUCAUUUCCCUCCUAUAAAGGGAGUCAUUAACUGCGCGAUGCAGCUUCAGGACGUGCUCUUUGAGAAUAUGACCGUCGAAGACUUCAACGCUGCCAUUUCGCCAAAGGUCCUCACCACCAAGAACUUGCAUGAACUUUGCCCGAAGAACAUGGACUUCUUCGUCUGUCUCUCCUCCACGGGAGGCAUUGUAGGCUCCCGGGGCCAGGGUAAUUACAACGCUGGAAACACAUACCAAGAUGCAAUGGCCCACUUCCGCCGAUCUCAGGGAUUACCUGCAACAAGCAUCAACCUUGGCGUUGUGCUCGGCGUCGGUAUCACAGCGGAGCGUGGUGAGAUCCUAUCCUAUCUCAAGACAGGCGCAAUGAUAGGAAUCCACGAGCAAGAGGUCCUAGCGGUAAUCCAAGCCGCCAUUUCAGGACAGAUGCCGGCUCAGGCUGUCGUCGGACUAGCCACGGGAGGCCACUUGGAGAAAAACGGACACGAUGAUCCAUUCUGGUUCAGCGAGGCUCGGUUCGGUCCACUUCGCGUCUUCGACACCCAAGAAUUGCAAGCACAGUCCGGGGGCAGCGGCGGUGACUCUGCUGCCGAUCUCGAGGCUGCGCUGCGAGGUGCUGCGACACUUGCUGAGGCGGCUGAUGCUGUGUGUGUGGCGCUCGUACGCAAAUUGGCUAAGGCGAUGAUGAUGGAGUUGGAGGAUUUGGAUCCCAGCCGACCGGCAAAUUCGUAUGGUGUUGACAGUCUUGUUGCUGUUGAGAUCCGGGCUUGGGUGUUCAAGGAGGUUAAGAGUGAUGUGUCGGUGUUUGACAUCUUGAGCAACAAGCCACUGGCUUCGCUUGCCGGCACGAUUGCAGCAAAGUCCACUCUGCUGUCAGCAUCGAUUCAGGGCGUUGAGGGGUAUAUGUAG